AUGAAUGUGGGCAUUCCCAACCGGCGACCGGCGCAGCCAACUCAAAAUGCGGCGGCUACGCGCCCAAGGUCGCCGGAGACCAAAGCCAAUACCCGCGCACGUUCACCGGCUUUAGGCAAAGCUUCGGCCAUUCCAAGUGGCACGCGACCUUCAGUUGCAUCAAGCAACGUCUCGACCGGAGUGGCAGGCCUGGCGGGUGCAUCACUUGAACAAAUGACAGCCAGGGGGCAGCAACCCAAUGUACGUCGUGUCCACAGCUCCACAGUCGAGGAGAUCCGCCGCAUCGACGCGAACCGCGAGCAGCGGCGGCGCCAGGCAGAGGAGGUGCGGCGGAACCGGCAGGAGGAGCAGGCAGUUCUGUCUGCGCAGUGUGGUGGACAUGUUCCAGACAUCGACUUCCAUCGCAUGAUCCACAACUUUCGGCAGCAGUGUCCUCAAGCUGUGUCCUUCGAGCCACUGGACCCUUCAGUCCCUGAGGGCAUCGUUGUUUGUGUGCGGAAGCGGCCCAUCUCGCAGCCGGAGAUCACCAAUUGCGAGCUGGAUUGCGUGACAGCCUGCAAUCCGUACGCCAUUAUCCAUGAGAGAAAAUUCAAAGUAGAUGGUAUCACCAAAUGCCUGGAAUCACACCAGUUUGAAUUCGACCACGUCUUCGAUGAGGACUGCAGCACCGACGACGUCUACCGCACCGUGGCCUCGCCUUUGGUGCCCUGGGCCUUGGCCACCGCCGGCAGGGCCACGCUCUUCGCCUACGGCCAGACGGGCUCGGGGAAGACCUUCACCAUGACCGGCAUCCAGCGGCUGCUGACGGAGCAGAUCUUCGAGCAUGUUCGACAGUAUUCUCACUUGGACCUCGCAGUGUCCCUAUCCUUCUUCGAAAUCUAUGGUGGCCGACCUUAUGAUUUGCUCAACAACCGGGCAAAGCUGGAAACCUUAGAAGACGCCAACAACGAGGUGCAGAUCGCAGGCCUCGUGGAACGCGGAACCUCGGGCCCGCAGGACAUGAUGCAGUGCAUCGACCUGGGGAACUCGGUGCGCACCACGCAGAGUACUGCCAUUAACCGGGAUUCCUCCAGGGAUGCUUUCAUGUCCCGAUGUCCGGCAAAGACCGUGAUGAUAGCAUGUAUCUCUCCCGGGAUGACCUCAGCGGACCACAGCGUCAACACCUUGCGCUACAGCGACCGCUUGAAAGAGCAUCCACGAGGAGGCAAAAUUGUGGAGGACGCCGACACGGCAGCCGGGCGCCGGCUAUCCACCGGUGUGGUCUCGCGCGAUGCCAAGAGCCCAGAGCGCAGAUACCAACGCCGGAGCCCAUCACCAAGCACAAAAGCCGAACGCGACCGUGCCAUGGGCGCAGCCUUCAGGGGGAGACCCAGCAAUCCACCUCCCGAAAAGGAAGAGACGCUGGCAGACUUGCCAUCAGAGGAGGAGCUUUUGGAUGAAGACGAGGAGGAGCACCUGGCACCUGCACCAGUGCCUACAGCCCCUCCAGCCAACUCCCAGGUGCCUCAGGCAUGGGCUGAGAGCCGUCAGUGGGAGGACAAGAUUGUGUCGCACCACAUGACAGCCCUGCAAGAGGAUGCCCGCCUUCUAACUAAGGAGAGCGAGCUACUAUCGCAGGUGCAGCAGGGUGCUGCUUGUGAUAUUGAGUGGUACGUGUCGGAAGUGGACAAGCUUGUGAGGAGGAAGUUAGACGUCUAUGUGAACUUUAUGGAGGACUUGGAGGCCUGCAAGGCUCAGCUGAGACGUGAGGAGGGCCGCCGCAGGCACGAGAACUCCGUGAACUCUGCGCCCUCCACCCUGAACAUGUCUCAAGCUUCGCCCAGGCCAGCAGAGCCAGCGCCCAAGGCGCCGCGCUCGAGAACAGGCGAAGGGCACCACCUGGGAGUUGCCGGGGCCCUGGGGCCCUGGGCCUCGAAUUCGGCCAGCGCGGAGCGCGAGGCCUUUUGGGCGGAUGUUGGCGCCUUGCUGGAUGCCAGUGCUGCGGCGGCCGGGGGCCAGUCACGGUGGCCCAACCUGCUUGUGACGGAUAGCGAGAACUUGUGUCAGGUGGCAGCACUUGGGCACAUCCGCAGCAAGUUGGCGCAGGCUGCUCGUUUGCGCGAGGGGGACCUAAUGACAGUUGUUUUGGCCGCUGACUUCGGUCACCUUUGCGGUGUGCUGAUCUCUGGAACCCCGCUACAGAAAUGCUGGGCGCUGUCUGCUGGCCCAGUGCAGGCAGAGCGUGAAAUCAGCUUGGCAUCCAGGGAUGUGAAGCUGCGGUGCGGUGUCUUCGUGCAGCGCCACAAACUGGUGCGCAUUGGUGACAGCCAGGAGAGUGACAAGCCUGUGGAAGAGCCUCUCUUUGGUGCUCGCUGCAUGGCCCUUUUUAGCGAUGGCAGGUUUGCUUACUGUGCUGUUUCUCCAGAUGGCUCCCGCAGUGUUGAAGCGGCGGGAAAGUGGGAAGUGAUCAAUGGUCAGGUUGUGCUGCGUGAUGGGCAGAAUGUUACCGGGGGUCAUCUUCGGCUCAGCAAGUUAGCGGCAAGGCCGGUGCCAGAUGUUCGCUAUGAGGAGCUCAUUUAUGUGUCACUGGAAGAGCUGGAAGCGGACUUCGAGGCGAUCACGCUGGCAGAAUGCAUUCCACGAGGUGGACACCUGCUUCGCUUGCAGCUGCUGGAGGAGGGUAUUGCGACUUUGGGUGCUGCUCCCAGUGCUGCUCCCGGCCCUGUACCCACCGAAGCGACUGUGUUGACAAGUGCGCUUGACUCCACAUUCAACGCCGCAUGGGACACUACAAGCCCUGCCCCACUGGAAGCAGAAGCGCAAAAGCCAGCUGAAAGCCCAAUGCCUCCAGAGCCACGUACCUAUUUCUUGCGCACGCCAAUCCACGCUCUGCUGAGUUUGGCAAACCCAGCUGCGGAGCAUGCGGAAGUCUCAGAUGAGAGGGCAGCUCCAAGACUUCUUGGGAUGCAGCGCGGCAUUACAACGUCCCUGCCAGCCUCUGGUGACAUGUGGGACGAGCCUUUCAGAAUCAGCCCUCUGCAGCUAGGUGAGCCCACUGGGCUCCUACCUGGAGCCUUCAGGCUGCCGAGCGGUUACAAGUUGCCGCCUGACGAUGGCGUAACGAUGACCUUUCCUACGUGCUCCAUCGAGCCAGGCCUGUACCGCUUUGAGCUUGGGCAGCCAAAGGACUACUCCUACAAAAAGCUUGAGAUGAGGCUUCAUGUAGAUGGCAAGUGCGACUACAAAGAGGAGAUGCAAGGCAGUUCUCUUCGGGCAACGCCAAACUCGGCAGUUUGGCGAGUAGAAUCGAACCUUUUGGUGCUGGACUCUGCGAAGACCUCGCCUGGCUUCAUGCUGCGCGAAUCCCGUGGCAACAAGAGCAUGGAGAGGAAAGUUAGCCGCAUCGACAUUCCGAUUUCGUUCGUCCUUGGCAGCUGCAGCUGCACACCCUGGUCACAGCGACUCAGGCCUUUCCCACAGCACCUGCCGCAGCCCGAGUCGCACCUUGUCUUUGGUGUGGUGGACCCGGAUUCGCCCGCGUUGCGUGGUCUUCGCUGCCGGCCGGACCGCCUGCCGUAUCACGCUUUCGAGCGAGAGCUCCGGCUUCAAGGCCUGCCUGUGGAUGAAAUCCUGACCGACUUUCGCUUUGUCGACCGUGACUCUGAUGGCCUAGUAUCAGUGGAAGAUAUGCGACGUUUGGAAACCUAUGGAAGUCCUGUGGCUGCUCCAGAGGUGCUGGAAGACUUGCGGGAGGCGUUGGUGAAGAACUUUGGUAAUUUGACCUCGGCCUUUGAGGCUCUCAGUGCGAGAGCUGGCGCUGGCCGGGUCACUGCAGAGGAGUUCGAUGCCUUCAUCGGCACGUUUGAGGCGACCCUGGCCACGGAGGCCCUCUCCGGGCGCCAGCCGCAGUUCUGGCUGAAGUCUAAGGCUCCAGCACCCAAAUGUAACGACAAGAAGCUCGUGAACUCAGAGUCUGACAAGUUCCUGGCCUGCCCAAAGGAGUGCCCGGUUUAUGCCGAUGAUCGUGGAGAUGGUGUGGACUGCAACUUCGAGUGUGUGGAAGCAACGCCCAAGGCAUGCACGGCAGUGAACAAGUUUGAGCCGAUUCCUGACAAAGAGAUGGGCAUUUGCCGGGCCUGCAUCAUCUACGGCUGCGCUGAGUGCAAAACGGAUGGCACCGACACCUGCGCCAGGUGCGACAGUGGCUACUCUGUGAACGCCAAAGGCACCUGUGACAACGACAACCGCUACUACUGGUAUGCCCUGUUCGUUGUGCUCGGCGGGGUCACUCUGUUCAUCGUGGCUUGGAUCGUGGACAUUUGCACCCGCCCCAUCGUCAACGCAGAUGGCCUGAAGGGAGCCUUGGACUACCGCUCCCGAUCCAAGGUGCGCAUGCCUAAAUCCUCCAAUGAUGACGAGGGUCGCGAGCUUUACCCCUUGGACACCAACCUGUUGAAGGAGAGCGUCGCUGGUGUCGGCGUGACUCUGCACUUCAACUUCCAGCUCUUCCUGAUUGUGUGGUCUUUGGGCAUUGCCGUGGGCUGGCUGCUGCUGUCCCUGUCUGUGGAUGAUGCCCUCUUGAUCCUGGGGACACGCAGGGCAAAGACUGCACGACAGAAUUGCAUCCUGGUGGCAUGGGGCUUCGAGACGCAGCAGCGGCUCAUGUGGACCAAGAUCGACUUCGUGGUCGUGGUUUACCUGCUGACGGUUCUGGGCUGCGUGCUCUUCGGCAUCCGUCAGCUGCGGCUCUUCCAGAAGGUGGACAUGCAGAACUCCACGCACAAGGACUACGCGGCCCGCAUCCGCAACCUGCCGCUCCUGGACGGCACGACACCGGUGGAGGAUGAGCUGAAAGAGCGAAUCCAAGAGGCGACUGGCCAGAAAGUGGUGGGUGUCUCGGUGUGCUGGGACUUCCAGGAACAUGAGGAAGAACUCUUGGACCUCCUGCAGAGUCAGCUGGUGGAGAAGGAGUUGGAGCUCCUUCCCAUGCCCCAGCGAGAGGAGGAACCUGAGGAGCCGCAAGGCUUCUUUGCCCGCAUGGAGCGCGCGGCACUGGCAGCAGAUGCGCAGAAAGUGGUCGCCACAGGUGAGAUGACCGAGGAAGAGAAGCAGAAGGCCCUUGAAGAGGCCGCACAGGCUCAACCCGGCGAGGAAAUCAUCGAGGAAUGCAAGGAGGUGGAUGUCAUCGGAAUCCUGAAGAGCAUCAAGACCUGCCCUGAUGCCUACGCAAUUUUCGAGACGGAGACCGCUCGUGACGCAGCUGUGGAGGCCACUGUUGCCAGUGGUGGGGUGGAGUUCCAUGGCAACACGCUGAAGAUGAACGCCUCGCGCGUGGAGCCGCAGACGGUGAAGUGGCAGAACUGCGCCAACACGGACCUAGUGGUCAAGGCCAAGCGCGUGGCUCUCGGUAUGUGCAUCAUGCUGGCGGGUUUGGGAGUGUGGGUCGUGGCCUUCUACUUGCCCUACGCGUGGUUCUCGCUGACCUUCAACUACUCCUACGGACAGGAGCCCGGGUUUGUGGCCGGCAUGACUUUCUCCAUGGUCGUGGUGGCGGGCAACGCACUGAUGUAUUUGGUUUGCAGCGAAGUGGCCGACCGCACCAGGUUCAUCUAUAUCGAUGACCGCGAGGUUUGCUACAUGCUCCUGUACUGCUUUGCUUGCGUCUUCAACGUGGCCCUUGACUUGAUCACCACCUACAUGGUGGCGUACCGCAUCAACGUGGGGCUCCACAUGAAGACCUAUGACGGCACCCUGCUGCAAAACUUGCAGUCCUUCUCUGACCGCUUUGAGUCCUACGCGAUGCAGCGCACACUCGCCAACAACCUGUACGCGUACGCAUUCCCCGCCACCUUCUUAAUCCCUUUCUUGAUCGAGCCAGUGGCAACCAUCUACGCCCCAUACAAACUGAUGAUGAUGAUCGUCCGCACUCAACCCAACAUGAAGGGUUUCAUGGCUGAGAACUUGCUAGGCAGUCUUGUGUUCGAUCUGUCUCGCUACGCCGACCUCCUGCUUGACGCCAUGAUUGCGGUCCUGAUCUUCUUCUUCCCUGGCGGCUUCAACAUUCAGAUGUUUCUGGGCAUGGCGCUGUCGCACGUGUACAUCUACUUCUUCGACCACUACCGCGUGCUUCGCUCCAUUCAGAGUUGCAGCUACACGGACCGCAUGGUUGAUUGGUGGUCCCAGUGGCUGAUGUGCAUCCCCUGCGGCUGCAUGAUGGCUUGCUUCGUCUUCAAGGCCAACUGCCAGCCAGGCUACUUCUGCCUGGAAGGUGAUGAGAUGGUCGCGGCUUGUGCAGCAGCCUUCUUUGCGCACAUCGCGCUGCACACCCUGCUGCUGCGCUAUGUCGUGCCCAAGUUCGGCCUUGUCGGAGAGUCCGACGGCGCAGACACCAACACCUACGUUGCUUGCUCCAAGCGCUUGCCGUGCUCGUGGUUCACCUCCAACCCUGUGUUCUGCCUGCGGUCGCAGUAUGUCUACAAGCACAGCCCUCCGUGCACCUACUACCUCCCGGGGAAAGAGCACCUCAUCGAGCAGAACGUGGAGAUCGGCCUCUACUUCAAGGACUGCCCUGCCAAGGAGGAGGACUAUGACGCCCCGCAUGUAGACACAGAAGCGUUGAAGGCUCAGAUGAAGGAGAUGCACGGCAAGGUUUCCGGGCACAUGGAGGAGUUCAAGGGCAAGAUGACCAGCCAAAUGGAGGAGAUGAAGGGCAAGGUCUCCGGCAACUUGGAGCAGCUCAAGGGCAAAGUCUCCGGGCACUUCGACAAACUCUUGAAGAAGGACGGCCCAGAUGGCCCGGAUGGAGACGCCCAGGGCUCCGGAGGUGACCGAGGCCAAGGAUUGAAGGACUGGGCGGCAAAGAGUGACGAGGACACACGGGCUUCGGUCUUCGCAACUCUUUGCCCCUGCGAUGGAGACGCCAUCGACCUGGCAGACUUCCUGAGUCUGAACCUGCACUCAGCGGUGCUUGCACUGAGACGUUUGGAGCACUUUCAGGGCUGGCUGUUUGAACAGUUUGGCCAAAGCGGCGAAGUUUUUCGGAAGGUGUUCAAGGCGCUGGGCCCAAGCGAUGGGAAAGGCGUGAGCCGCAAGGCAUUUGUCGAAGGGGUCAAGGCACUGGGCUAUCCUUGUGACGAUCCGCGGGUGAUGCGCUCUGUGUUCUCGCUGUUGGAUCGUAACUUUGACGGUGAGGUCUCAGCGCGCGAGUUCCAGAAGCUGCUCGAAUUCUGCGGCGAUGAUAUUCUCCGAGACGUGGAGGCUCUGAAGCGAUUUGCCGACACCAUGCUGGGAGGGGUGGAGGCAGCCUUUGCAAAGUUCUUGGACCGAGAGCGAAUCCUGCAAGGGCUUCCUGCUGCGCCCAAGACCACUGGUUAUGACGCUUUUCACAAGGUCUGUGCGCAGGCUGGCUUUAGCAAGCUGGCACCCAAGGCGGACAUGAAGAUGCUCUUCCUUUUUCUCCUUGAAGUCUCGGGAAGACAGGCAAGCGGCUACCUAAGCUUCAGCGAGUGGUCCUUGUUGAAGGGGUUCAAUUCAAAAGCAAUUUCUGGCAGUCCGACUCCGGCGCAUUGUGCAGGAGGCAUAUGGUAG